GGCCUCGGUGUGCGCCUGCGCGUUGGCGGCGGCUGUGGCGGGGCCCGGCGGGGAGCGGGUCCGGAGCAGGCUCCCGGACCCAAAACUGAAGGGGGCGUCUGGGGCGUCUGGGAGCUCCCUCGCCUGGCCCACGACGGCCUGAUGGAGUAAGCGGGGUUGGCUGUGAAUGUGUGACGUUGAGUGCUUCAGAUCUGGUCACUAUGGUACGAGAACGAAAAUGCAUAUUGUGCCACAUUGUGUACAGCUCAAAAAAGGAGAUGGAUGAACACAUGCGGAGCAUGUUGCAUCACAGGGAACUUGAGAACCUGAAGGGCAGGGACAUUAGUCAUGAGUGCCGAGUGUGCGGGGUCACAGAAGUGGGUCUUUCUGCAUAUGCAAAGCACAUUUCUGGCCAGUUGCACAAAGAUAACAUUGAUGCCCAGGAAAGAGAAGAUGAUGGAAAAGGAGAGGAAGAGGAAGAAGAUUAUUUUGACAAGGAACUCGUUCAGUUAAUAAAACAAAGGAAAGAGCAAAGUCGACAAGAUGAACCUUCCAAUAGCAACCAAGAAAUAAACUCUGAUGACAGACGACCCCAAUGGAGACGAGAAGACCGAAUUCCUUACCAAGACAGAGAGAGUUACAGUCAGCCUGCGUGGCAUCAUCGUGGACCUCCACAGCGGGAUUGGAAAUGGGAAAAAGAUGGCUUUAAUAAUACUAGGAAAAACAGCUUUCCACAUUCUUUGAGGAAUGGUGGUGGGCCAAGAGGACGUUCCGGGUGGCAUAAGGGUGUUGCAGGAGGCUCCUCAACUUGGUUUCACAACCAUAGUAAUUCUGGAGGUGGUUGGCUUUCAAAUAGCGGAACGGUAGAUUGGAAUCAUAAUGGCACAGGAAGGAAUUCCAGUUGGCUUUCUGAAGGAACAGGUGGCUUUUCCAGUUGGCAUAUGAACAACAGUAACGGAAACUGGAAAUCCAGUGUACGUAGUACAAAUAAUUGGAAUUACAGUGGCCCUGGAGACAAAUUUCAACCAGGCAGAAACAGAAAUUCUAACUGUCCAAUGGAAGACAUGACUAUGCUAUGGAACAAGAAAUCUAGUAAGUCAAACAAAUACAGUCAGGACAGAUAUAAUUGGCAGCGGCAAGAAAAUGACAAACUUGGUACAGUUGCCACAUAUAGAGGUCCUUCUGAAGGAUUUACAAGUGAUACAUUUCCUUCAGAAGGCUUACUCGACUUCAAUUUUGAGCAGCCGGAAAGCCAAACCACUAAACAGACAGACACUGCUACUUCCAAAGUUAGUGGAAAGAAUGGCAGUGCGGCAAGGGAAAAGCCUCGUCGCUGGACGCCUUACCCUUCCCAGAAGACUCUGGAUUUACAGUCAGGAUUGAAAGACGUCACUGGUAACAAGUCAGAAAUGAUGGAGAAACCUCUCUUUGAUUUUAGCUUGAUAACUACAGGAAUACAGGAGCCCCAAACUGAUGAAACACAUAAUUCCCCAACACAGAAAACACAAAAAGAAAUGCAUACUGGAUCUCUUAAUCACAAGGCCUCUUCUGAUCCUGCUGCUUCCUUUGAGGUGGUGAGACAGUGCUCCAUUACAGAAAAACCUGAACAAGAGCAUACCCCAAAUAAAAUGCUGUCAUUGAAAUCCCCACUCCUUCCAUGUCCAGCCACUAAAUCAUUUCCUCAAAAGCAAGAUCCAAAGAAUACCUCAAAAAACACCAAAACAAUUUUUUUUUCCCCUGGAGAACACUCAGAUCCCUCGAACAAGCCCUCUGCGGAAGAUAACCAUGGUCCUUACAUAUCCAAACUGCGUAGUUCAUGUUCUCAUGUUUUAAAAGGGAGUAAAAGUACAUUUGGCUCUCAAAAGCAAUCUGGUGACAAUUUAAAUGAUACGUUACGAAAGGCCAAAGAGGUGCUACAGUGUCAUGAGUCAUUGCAAAAUCCACUUCUUAGCACUUCUAAAAGGACCAGGAACUAUGCAAAAGCAAGUAGAAAUGUAGAAGAAUCUGAAAAAGGGUCUUUGAAAAUUGAGUUUCAAGUGCACGCACUAGAAGAUGAAAGUGAUGGGGAGACAUCUGACACGGAAAAGCAGGGAACAAAAAUUGGAACCCUAGGUUCUGCAACUACAGAAUUGUUAUCCGGCAGCACUCGUACUGCUGAUGAGAAAGAGGACGAUGACCGAAUCCUGAAGACUUCUAGAGAACUAUCCACUUCCCCAUGUAAUCCCACAGUUCACCAGAAAGAAUCUGAAUUACAAAUGACAUCUGCAGCCAGUCCACACCCUGGCUUAUUGCUAGACUUGAAAACCUCUCUAGAAGAUGCACAGGUUGAUGACUCUAUUAAAUCUCAUGUAUCUUAUGAAACAGAAGGCUUUGAGAGUACUAGCUUGGAUGCAGAGCUUCAAAAAAGUGACAUCAGUCAGCCCUCGGGCCCUCUCCUGCCUGAACUAAGUAAGCUUGGCUUUCCUGCCUCACUUCAGAGGGAUCUAACCCGGCACAUUAGUUUGAAGAGCAAAACUGGAGUGCACCUUCCUGAGCCAAACCUCAAUAGCGCCCGCCGCAUUCGCAAUAUUAGCGGUCACCGAAAGAGUGAGACAGAGAAGGAGUCUGGGCUCAAGCCAACCCUACGGCAGAUUCUAAAUGCAUCUCGGAGAAAUGUCAACUGGGAACAGGUCAUUCAGCAAGUAACCAAGAAAAAGCAAGAGCUGGGCAAAGGCUUACCCAGGUUUGGCAUAGAAAUGGUACCGCUUGUUCAAAAUGAACAAGAAGCCUUAGAUUUGGACGGGGAACCUGAUCUGUCCAGUCUAGAAGGAUUCCAGUGGGAAGGCGUUUCCAUUUCCUCAUCCCCUGGCUUGGCAAGAAAGCGAAGCCUUUCUGAGAGCAGCGUGAUCAUGGACAGAGCUCCUUCUGUGUAUAGCUUCUUCAGUGAGGAAGGUACAGGCAAAGAAAAUGAGCCCCAGCAGAUGGUUUCACCUAGUAACUCACUGAGGGCUGGACAGAGUCAGAACGCAACCAUGCACCUCAAACAAGAAGUGACACCUCUGGCUGCCUCCCUCCGAACAGGUGAAAGGGCUGAAAAUGUUGCUACCCGAAGGCGACAUAGUGCACAAUUACCUUCUGACGAUAUAAUACCUUUGAUGCAUUCGGCAAAAGACUUGAACAGCCAGGAGAGGUCUAUGCCACCUUCAGAGAGUCAGAAUUCCCAAGAGAGUAACGGAGAAGGAAACUCUCUGUCAUCAAAUGCAUCCUCAGCCCUUGCGAUCUCCAGUUUAGCGGAUGCAGCCACAGAUAGUAGCUGUACCUCUGGUGCUGAACAAAAUGACGGCCAAAGUAUUAGGAAGAAACGAAGAGCCACUGGAGAUGGAUCUUCUCCUGAACUCCCAAGUCUUGAGAGAAAAAAUAAAAGAAGGAAAAUUAAAGGAAAAAAAGAACGUUCUCAGGUUGACCAGCUGCUGAAUAUUUCUUUAAGGGAGGAAGAACUUAGUAAGUCAUUGCAGUGCAUGGAUAACAAUCUUCUGCAAGCCCGUGCAGCCCUUCAGACAGCUUAUGUGGAAGUUCAGAGGCUACUUAUGCUCAAGCAGCAGAUAACUAUGGAGAUGAGUGCACUGAGGACCCAUAGAAUACAGAUUCUACAGGGAUUACAAGAAACAUACGAACCUUCUGAGCACCCAGGCCAGGUUCCCUGUAGCCUCACACGAGAACGAAGGAACAGUAGAUCUCAAACAUCUGUUGAUGCCGCACUGCUGCCCACUCCCUUUUUCCCACUUUUUCUGGAGCCUCCAUCUUCCCAUGUGUCUCCAUCACCCACCGGAGCCUCUCUUCAAAUAACCACAUCUCCUACUUUCCAAACCCAUGGCAGUGUCCCUGCUCCAGACUCAUCCGUUCAGAUUAAACAAGAGCCCAUGUCUCCUGAACAAGAUGAGACUGUGAAUGCUGUGCCACCAAGCUCUGCCUGCAGUGUGUCCAACGAACUACUGGAAGCUAAUAAAACCCCUUUGGAAAAGGAACCCCACUCUCCAGCUGACCAGCCUGAACAACAGGCAGAAUCCACUUUGACAUCAGCUGAGACUAGGGGAAGCAAGAAAAAGAAGAAACUUCGGAAGAAGAAAAGUCUACGGGCUGCCCAUGUUCCUGAGAAUAGUGACACUGAACAGGAUGUUUUGACUGUUAAACCCGUAAGGAAAGUAAAAGCUGGAAAGUUAAUUAAAGGGGGGAAAGUAACAACCUCCACUUGGGAAGACAGCAGGACUGGUCGGGAGCAAGGGAGUGUCAGAGAUGAGCCAGAUAGUGACUCGUCUCUGGAAGUCCUAGAAAUUCCUAAUCCUCAGUUAGAAGUAGUAGCCAUUGAUUCUUCAGAAUCAGGAGAAGAGAAACCAGACAGCCCAUCUAAAAAGGAUAUUUGGAACUCUACAGAGCAAAACCUGCUAGAAACUUCUCGUUCUGGGUGUGAUGAAGUUAGCUCGACCAGUGAAAUUGGCACUCGCUACAAAGAUGGCAUCCCUGUAAGUGUGGCAGAAACUCAGACUGUGAUCUCUUCCAUAAAAGGAUCAAAGAAUUCUUCAGAAAUAUCUUCAGAGCCAGGAGAUGAUGAUGAGCCCACAGAAGGAAGCUUUGAGGGGCACCAAGCUGCUGUAAAUGCAAUUCAGAUAUUUGGGAACUUACUGUAUACCUGUUCAGCAGAUAAAACUGUCCGGGUUUAUAAUCUGGUGAGUCGGAAAUGUGUUGGUGUCUUUGAGGGCCAUACCUCGAAAGUGAACUGCCUCCUGGUGACUCAGACCUCCGGGAAGAACGCUGCCCUUUACACCGGCUCCAGUGACCAUACCGUCCGCUGCUAUAAUGUUAAGAGCCGAGAGUGUGUGGAGCAGUUACAGCUGGAAGACCGGGUCCUCUGCCUGCACAGUAGGUGGCGAAUCCUCUAUGCGGGACUGGCAAAUGGCACUGUGGUCACCUUCAACAUAAAGAACAACAAACGACUUGAGAUCUUUGAAUGCCAUGGUCCCCGGGCAGUCAGCUGUCUUGCCACAGCUCAGGAAGGUGCCCGAAAACUGCUGGUCGUGGGCUCUUAUGACUGCACCAUUAGUGUACGAGACGCCCGGAAUGGACUGCUCCUCAGAACUCUGGAGGGCCAUAGCAAAACCAUUCUUUGCAUGAAGGUGGUGAAUGAUCUCGUGUUCAGUGGCUCCAGUGAUCAGUCAGUCCAUGCCCACAACAUUCAUACUGGUGAGCUCGUGCGGAUCUAUAAAGGUCACAAUCACGCAGUGACUGUGGUGAAUAUCCUAGGAAAAGUGAUGGUGACUGCUUGCCUGGAUAAAUUUGUUCGUGUCUAUGAAUUACAGUCUCAUGAUCGAUUACAAGUUUAUGGAGGACACAAAGACAUGAUUAUGUGUAUGACCAUCCAUAAAAGCAUGAUUUACACCGGCUGUUAUGAUGGCAGUAUUCAGGCCGUGAGGCUUAAUCUGAUGCAGAAUUACCGCUGUUGGUGGCAUGGCUGCUCUCUGAUAUUCGGCGUUGUAGAUCAUUUAAAACAACACUUGCUGACCGACCACACUAAUCCCAACUUCCAGACUCUGAAAUGUCGCUGGAAGAACUGCGAUGCUUUUUUCACUGCUAGGAAAGGAUCCAAACAGGAUGCUGCAGGACAUAUUGAACGACACGCUGAAGAUGACAGCAAAAUUGAUUCAUGAAGUUGUUUGCCUCCCACGUUGGGAAGUCAUUAGUUGAACUGUUUUCACAUCAGCCCCCCACACAGGCCACUCUCUUCUCUUUCUUGGUGAAGCAAGGAAGGAGAAAGUGGUUACUAGCCAGGCCUCUAGCAUAAGUCUGGGCAGCUCUAUGGGAUGAUAGAUUACUCUUUAAGUUCGUGCUGGAGGUUUUAAAUAGAUUUAGACAGAUGUUAGGGAACCACACUCCUCUGGGACAGCAUGGCAUAUAGUGAUUUAUGCUACUUGCGUUCUCCAGGUGUUUAUUAAAGAUACAGACCCUAAUUGGUUACCCAGUUUGACCCUAAUCAUAUGCAAUGUUUAGUUUAUGUUCUUAUGAUGGUUUAAACCUAUAGUCAGGCUUUUAAGUACAAAUUUGUUUAAGUGCUAGACUUUCGGGAUCAGUUUUCAUUUCUCCAUUUGUAAUAGCUGGGUAUUCAAAUUGGAAGCAAAUAGUUUUCUUUCUUAACAAUUAUGUGCAGUGUGUGUCCCGGUUUUCUUGCUUCAUAGAUGGACAGAGCUGGCUUUAAGUGCUAAAGGACACAGUAGAUUUUUGACAAACAGUGGCUGCUCUGCUGACCGUAUUUUAGGAAUUCAGAAAACAAAUCACAUGGUGACAAGUCCUUACAGCACCACUUCCUAGCAAACCUCUGUAAAUGUGGAUAGAAAGCUCAGUGUGAGGCAGUGCGUAGACCUAAUGUCUACCUUUACGUUUGCUGUGGAACUGGGCACUACCUGCCACAGAUCCUGUCAGGCUGUUGCAGCUGGAGGUGUACCUUUAUCUUCCUUUCUAGCGUCUGACCCUGCAAGCCUAAUGUCGGUUUGAACCCUUUUUGGUUUGUUCAGUUGCCAGCCUCCAUCUCUCCCACUAUAUGGCUGUGCCUAGACUGAUGGCAGCCAUCCAGUAUUCCUCUGGGCUCAUGGGUGUUUUCCACCCCUCUGCAGCACCCAAGAUGGUGGGGGAGAAGGGGUUAGAAUAAAGCAUCUGAAUACGGUUUUUAGGACCUCAAGCAGACUUCCUAGAGACUUGUUUCUGAGACAGUUCUUUGCCUUCACUUCCCUGCUAGGUGGGAAAGAAGAGUGGAGCAGAGACUCUGCCUGGCCACUGAGAACAGCCAAAUUCACAAACCCUCAGUGGGGCUUUGUUUUUGGAUUUUCUCCAGACUCAUCAGUAAACCUGUAGAAGUGUUGCUUUCCAGCCUUUUGUUUCUGGAUCCUCAAAACUCAGAAAGUGGCCAGGCGUGGUGGCUCUCGUGCCUGUAAUCCCAGCACUUUGGGAGGCUGAGGCAGGCAGAUCACCUGAGGUUAGGAGUUGGAGACCAGCCUGGCCAACAUGGCAAAACCCCAUUUCUACUAAAAAUACAAAAAUAAGCUGGGCGUGGUGGUGUGUGCUUGUAAUCCCAGCUGCUCAGGAGACUGAGGCAGGAGAAUCGCUUGAACCCGGGAGGCAGAGAUUGUAGUGAGCCGAGAUUGCGCUACUGCACUCCAGCCUGGGUGACAGAGUGAGACUCCGUCUCAAAAAAAAAAAAAAAAAACCUCAGAAAGCUUCUUCAGAGAGAGAAAAUAAGGGGGAGGAGCCCAGGGCCACAUACCAAGCUUUGGGACAUGCUCUCUGGGAUUGCAGAGCAUCCAGGUCUGUCUUCGCCCCUAUUAGUGCACACACAUCUACUCACAUGUGUUCCCUCAGGCUAUCGGGCAGGGAGACUUCACCAGGGGGUUCAUGGAUAGGCUUCAAGAGGGUCUGUGAACCCCCAGAAUUUGUGUGUGUGACUGAGUAUGUGUUCUUUUUUCCAGAAAAGGCUCCAGUGGUUCUUAGUUGAUCCAAAAAAUGUUAAGAAUUAAUCUAGAAGGCUGGGCUUGGUGGUUCACGCCUGUAAUCCUAGCACUUUGGGAGGCCGAGGUGGGUGGAUCACUCAAGGUCAGGCAUUUGAGACCAGCCUGGCCAACAUGGUGAAACCCAGUCUCUACUAAAAAUACAAAAAUUAGCUGGGUGUGGUGGCGUGUGCCUGUAGUCUCAGCUACUUGGGAGGCUGAGACAGGAGAAUCACUUGAACCUGGGAGGUAGAAGUUGCAGUGAGCCAAGAUCCUACCACUGCACUCCAGCCUGGGCAACAGAGUGAAACUCCACCUCAAAAAAAAAAAAAAAAGGUUAAUCUAGGAAAUAAUGAAUGGCCUAGUACUAGAUAAUAAAUGCCCCCACAAGCUCUUGACUUCUGUCCUUGGGGAAAGCCAUUUUGUUAACCACACUAGUGAAAUUUAUGUGAUGCUUAAUGGAGAACAGAGAAGAUCUUGUUGCAAAAAAUGUGUUAAAUAUUCGUGCUGUUUCUGUAUGAGAUUAAGAAGCUUUUCCCACCUCUCACCCCUGUUUCCUAUAAGGAUAUCCAGAGAAGCCAAGCUGUUCUGUGUGUUUGGGAAUGGUCGUUUCCCGGGAAGAUGCAUUUGGAUCGAUGACUAAACCUGGCCCUUUUCUCUGGGCUGUAGUGAAGCCGCAUUUUCAUGCUGGCUGGCUGUGUGCUGAGAGAGCCUCGAAUGCUCUGCCGCAUAGUGCCCUUCUGCCCUGCCUGAGGAUGUGUCGAAAGGAUGAGAGUGGAGGAGCCUUUGUGCAGCAGGAAGAGGCUAGGUGAGGUGUCGGGCAGUUGUGGGGAACUUCUGAGAGUAUUACAGACUGGUAGAAUCAGUAAGAACUCCGAUUUGGACGUCGCUUUGGUGGAACUGUGUGUCUGUAUCUGCCUGUGUAUGUGCAAGUGUGCAGGUUCCUUUGUGUGCAUGUGUACGCGUGGGAACCUGUACUUGUCAUAUUUUUCUUCAUUUCACGAAGGCUUUUUUUGAAGCAGUGGCAGUAAUAAUGCCUUUGUUUCAAGAACACAUGAAAUUCUUUUAACACCAGAUUAGCAUGUUACCCAAAAUGAACCGUUCUAGCCCUCUGUUAAGAAAUAAAGGGACCAUAAGCAUUUUGGCUGCUUAUGGUUGUGUGUUACUACUUACAAGUGUCUUGAAAAUUAUGCAGAACUUUGCCUUCUUUUUUUAAUGUCUUCCACAAUGUCAUGACUUAUUAUAACUCUGUUUCCCCUCAGAGAAGAGCUGUGGCUCAGGGAUCUUUGUUGACUCUGGCAUUUAGUAGCUUUGUGAAGGAAGGAAACCAUUAAGUGACCUGACAAAAACUGAUUGAUGUCUUUAAAGUAGUUGGAACCACUUUUAGAAUGUUAUUCUUGGUUGCUUUUGCCUACUUCUAAUGGCUUAAAGCCAAGAAAACCAUAGUAUAAAUCCUUUUGUGUACCUAUGCUAGUGUUAAAAUGGCAGUUUGUUCUGAUGAAAUAUGUCACUUCAAGUUUUAUGUGAGAGUUUUUAAUUAGGUUAAAAAUAAUUUUGGCAUACCUCUCUACUCAGUUUAUAAAGCAAUUCCACACAAUGCAAACAAAACUCUAACAGCAAAGGUUAUCUUGACCUGAUGUUACUUGAAUUUGAGAGAAAGUCAUUACUUACUACUGCACUCCUGCUUUUGUGGGAAAAACUUUUUUCUUCCCCAGAAGAGUUAACAGUUGAGUGUUCAGCUCCUGACUUACCUUUAAUUUAGAGGCAAUAUUAUUACUGUUUAAGUGAUUAUUUGCUUGCCACAGGUUUUAUUUUGUCUUUUUUCUGGUAGAUUAUACAAUGGACAACUUUAGUGAUGAGGCAUGUGAAUGAUUUGGUGGGAGUAGGUAUAUACUUAGUGGAAUGGUAUAUUUUAUGGAAGAGAAUUCAUUGGAGGUGAGAUUGAAGUAUAUUGUAAAGUGGGAUUUGAACAGCACAUAUGCUCUGGUUUGCUCAAAUAACUGCAGUUUAUGCUUACUUCUCAAUUUUGUUUCUGUUACCUAAACGGGAGCUUCUAGAAUUAUGAAGGCCAUACCUGCCACAUUUAUAAAAUAAUGGUUUUAUUCCUGCCCCCAAAUCAUCAGGUUCCUCGGGUUUAAGAGAAGCGGUCUCACAGACGGGAAUAGAAGUUGUGGUGGAGGUGAUUUGGGAUAGACUGAGUUCCCUAUGCAAGUGGAUGUGAGCUCCUCAUAGAAACCAGACCUACUGUGUUAGACAGUAACCUCUAACCUCACCUCCUCCAAGCCCAAGUGUACAGCCCUGCUGGGUUACCUGGUGACUAAAUUUCCCAGAUUCACUCUAAACUCAAGGUAGUGACCCAAAUAAACUGGGAGAGGAGCGUGUCAAGGAGGAAAAGCUGUUGAAAAUCUUCUCCUAUUUAAGAGAAAUAUAUGCCCUAGAGCUGCUCCAGCACCCUUGGUUUCUGAUUUUUUUAAUAUUGAAUAUGGAUUACAAGAAUGAAAUCAGAUGACUGCAAAAAUGUUUAUAAGCAAAUAGCCUUCUUACAUUUUGGUAUAAAGCUGUGAACUUCAUAACUUUGUAAAGCAAGAUAUAAAGCAAAUACAAGAGGAAAAUAAAGUACUUUUACUAACUGACA